GGCGCAGACAAGAAAGGCGCCCGAAAGCAACACGCCCCCUUCCCAAUCUCGUAAUCACACCACUGCCGCGACGGUUACCCCACUAUGCUCCGAGCUUAGCUGAGCUCGUCGCCUCGUCUCGCAGACGUAGCUAGCGGCAGGCAGAGAGCCAAGCGGAGGCUGCGUCGCAUCGCAGCAGCCCUGCCCGCGCCUCGAUCCCACGAACCCCACCCCGGGGGGAAAAUUCAUCUUUGUUUCUGGAAAAGGGGAAGCUUUAUUUUUAGGGGCUAAUUGGUUCUCCUCCUCCUCCUCUGCUGAUUGCCUCUGUUGGAGCUGCAGAGGGAGAGGGAGGGAUCGAGGAGGAAGAAUCGAAAAGGUGGUUGCAGGUUGCCUAUCUGGUUUCUCUGUUUGUUACUUCUCGCAUCGAGGUGUUUUUUCGUGGUCUCGGUUCUCGGGCAUCCGCGUGAUCUGAGGAGGGGGUGUGGGUUCUUCGAGGGAUUUGAUCCAUCUCGCAAAGGAUUCGACUCCUUUGCGGAUUCGGUCCUCGGUGAGAAUACUCACUCGCGAAAAAUUCGGGUAUUAGCCCUUUGUCAGUUAAUUUCUGGGGAUUUUCUGGCGGUUAGAAGCGAAUCCCCCCGUCUCGGUUUGUCGGCUGCUUCUUUGAUUUCUUGUGGCACUGCAUUGAUUGCGCUGCUGCUGGUGAAUCGUCAGCAGAGAAUCUUCCUGCGAGGCUGCAUUCAUCUCGUCUCGUAUGCUUGUUAUUGCAAGCCCAGCAUUUGGUUUAUUGCCAAACUUUAAUCCGGGACUUGUUCUUCUGCAGGACAGUGGGUACAGCAGCAGUUAUUGUUUCAUCUUAUCUGCGGCAGCAGGUGGAAUCCAAGGGUUUACCAUGCGCUGGGAGAGUAUGGGAAGGAGCUGCUAUCAAGUCUGAAGCUUAGUUUUGCACAUCAGUGUUGGAGGCAUGUAUAAGAACCAGCUCCAGGAGCUUGCUCAGAGGAGCUGCUUCAAUCUACCGUCCUAUGCAUGCAUCCGGGAGGGACCAGAUCAUGCGCCUCGGUUCAAGGCCACAGUUAAUUUCAAUGGAGAGACGUUCGAGAGCCCAGUCUUUUGUUCUACUUUGCGGCAGGCAGAGCAUGCAGCGGCUGAGGUAGCACUCAAUGAGUUAUCAAAGAGGGGGCCUUCAUCGACACUUGCUGCCAAAGUUCUGGAUGAAACCGGGAUAUACAAGAAUCUACUUCAAGAAACUGCUCAUCGAGCUGGUUUAAAACUUCCAGUGUACACUACUGUUAGAUCUGGACCAGGUCACACACCUGUGUUCACAUGCACAGUGGAAUUGGCAGGAAAGACAUUUACUGGCAAUCCUGGCAAGACCAAGAAGCAAGCUCAAAAAAAUGCUGCAAUGGCUGCCUGGUCUGAACUGAAGCAAUUGCCCCGGGUAGGUGAGCCAUCGUCCUCAUCAUGUCCACUCGAUCAGGAUGACGAGGAGCAUGAACAGGCCAUAGUUACUCGUACUCUUGCAAGCUUAAACCAGGCAAAUGUUGGCAAGAUGCCACAUCAAAAGGAAAAACAGCAAGGCAAUAACCGUCCUUCAUCACGAAGAUCUUAUCCUAAAUCAAAUCCUUCAUUCUACCGAUCACAUUUACCAAACCAGGCUUAUCCUAGUGUUCCACCGGAAGCAAUGUAUCAUAUGUGGCACCGGGUGCAAGCAACCCAACCAGCACCUAGUUUUCCAAUGGUACCAACUAUGGGUAAUACGAGGUUCCCACCACCAGCAGCUAUGCUCUCCAUGUACUCUUCACCUCGAGGGCAAUUUGCCACACCGGCCUGCAAAGAUGCACUAGGUCUUCUUCCAUGUUUUCCUGAAGGCGCUCCUGCCCUCCCAAGGUACUUCUCGCCUUACCCUGUCUCCUAUGUGCCAAGAAGUCCUGUGCCAGCUACUGUUCACAAAAUUCAUGAGAGAAGGCAAGAUCUCUCUGAAACAGUUGAGCUUCCUGAUGCCGUGGUCUUCUCCCAAUAUGGUGGUCCACACAAGUUUCAAGAACCACCCAAAAAUGGAAAAGAAGACUGUACUGGUAGUAGUGCUUCCCCUGAGGAAGUAAUUAUUACUCCUCUCAGUAUCUCAGGCUCAACCACACAUCCAUCAUCGCCAAAGUUGGAUCUGAAUGAAGAAAAAGAAACUUUGGGCAGUAAGCCAAUUAAGUCCCAAGAACAACAGCCGAAGUCAUCACCACCUUGGAUUAGCCCUUCAAAUCCCGCACAUGUUUCUAACCAGCCAAAGCAUUAUACUAGCUCUGUUCAGCAUGAUGAGAUCCACAGAAAUGAUCCACCUCAAACGAGUCGGCCUUCGUUGCCAGAGUUGUGGUCUUCCCGCUCAGCAGCUGCACCCAGAUCUGGAACUGCAGUCCCUGUAAAUUCACCAGGUCAUGUAUACCAGCAGCGACCUCCUUGGCUGGCUGCCCCUGUUACAGUCAGAACCGCCAUCCCAGUGUGUUCAGCUAGGCCGAAUGCCGUGAAUACAGCUUGUGGAGCAGCUCGAGUAAGACCGAUGGCCCAGAACCGCUUGGCCCUGGCUAGAGGUGAGCCAGAAACUGCCAAGAAUACGAAUAAUGGGGAAAGAGCCCUGAACAGGGAGCACCCAACUCAAUAAGCUCCAUGUCUGAGCCACAGUUUUGGUUCUGCUGAGCUGUAAGUUAGGUCUGUGACUUGGCAGAAUCUCAGUUUCUGUUCCUCUUUUUUCCCUUCUCAGUUUCUGUUCGUGUUCCCCUUUGUGUUUUAGUUAGGUACUGAACUCUUGAAAGAGUUGUGUGGGAGUCGUGCUUGCGGUCUCCACGCUGCCUUUAGAUUCUACAGAUAAUACCACGUCCUUAUCAAGAAAAAUUAACGAGAGUUAUAAUAUAGAUAGAGAAUACAGUUUUUCCUUGUGUGCUGAAUGUUGAUUCUUUUUCUUUUUUUUUCUUUUUGCCAAUGUUGACAGAAUGCUGAAUUUUUGCUUGGGAGUUCA